UUCUUAUCAGUACUGAUAAGAUUAUCAGAUGCACUCGGUUAAUCUACCUCGACUCCUCAGACAAAGACUAGUUCAUGGUAGAACCGGAGUUGUUGAUUGUUAUUUUUGCUUUAGCUAUGAAGUUCCAGGUGAGCCUUGGCCCUAGGGCAAUCAAGGAGUGCAUAAAUACAAGAUUCGCGGGUCGUGAACCUUGGCAGGUGGCAGCUAUCACGGCGACAUCCGUUCUCGCCGGAGUCUGGGUCUGGAACAUCGUCUUCCAGCCUGAGAGCAUUGUAAGCAGGGGGAAGAAGUUUUUCUUCAGAAUGGCCCGCAAGAUCCCUGCAGUCGCAAACAAAAUAAACAAGGAAUUGAGUAAGAUCUCAUCGGAUUUCGAGAAAGACGUCAAGGAAAGGAUGGGGCACACAAAUUACAACAGGGUGCUCCAAGUCAAGGGCAAGUCGAAAGAGGAGAUCAUUGAAGAGCUCAAGAAAAACCUCGAUCUUGGGCAUUACAGAUGGGAUAAAGGUUUUGUAUCAGGUGCAGUAUAUUAUUUUUCGCCCGAGCUGAUCAACCUGUUGACCGAGGUAUACGGUCUCGCAUCGUACACAAACCCCCUGCAUGCUGACAUUUUCCCCGGUGUGAACAAAAUGGAAUCCGAAGUGGUCAGCAUAAGCACGGACCUGUUUCACGGGAGCAGUAAAGCCUGCGGAACGAUGACUUCGGGAGGUACGGAGUCGAUAAUCAUGGCCUGCAAGGCGUUCAGAGACUAUGGAAGGGAAGAACGCGGUAUAACAAAUCCAGAAAUGAUCUUGCCCCGUACUGCGCAUCCUGCUUUUGAAAAGGCGGCUUUUUAUUUUGGCAUUAGAAUCUGCUACAUACCUGUAGAUCCAUUGACAACAAGCGUUAUCAUAAAAAAAGUAAAACAAGCUAUCAACUCUAAUACAAUCAUGAUUGUAGGGUCAGUUCCGAAUUAUCCAUAUGGAACUAUGGAUGAUAUUGAAGCUUUGGCAUCCUUAGGCCGGAGGUAUGGUGUUCCUGUACACGUCGAUUGCUGUUUAGGUGGUUUUUUAACAGCAUUCAUGCCGCAAGCUGGUUUUGAGCUACCACCUUUUGACUUUUCAGUACCUGGUGUAACUAGUAUUUCUGCAGAUACUCAUAAGUAUGGUUUUGCUCCAAAAGGAUCUUCCGUUGUUCUAUACUCCAAACCAGAGUAUAGACAUUAUCAAUAUUGCGUUACAACUGAUUGGCCAGGAGGUGUUUAUGGUUCUCCAACCAUUAACGGCUCCAGAGCUGGAGGUAUAAUCGCUGCAUGUUGGGCGACUUUGAUGUACUUUGGUCUGGAAGGGUAUGUCAAGUCGACAAGAAAGAUAAUCGAGACCACAAAGUACAUUGAAAGGGAACUUAGAAUGAUCCCUGAGAUAUUCAUAUUCGGUAAGCCUAUUACAUCGGUAAUAGCGAUCGGCUCGGAGGUUUUCCACAUAUAUCGCCUUUCAGAGAUUCUCAACGAUUUAGGCUGGAAUCUGAACCCUCUCCAGUUCCCCCCAGGGGUUCAUCUUUGUGUGACGCACAUGCAUGUCGCAGAAGGCAUCGCGGACCGUUUUGUUCAAGACGUUAAAAACACUGUCAAAAUCAUCAUGAAUGAUCCAAAAUCAGAAGUCAAAGGAAAAAUGGCAAUGUAUGGCAAAUCUCAGAGCAUACCAGACAGGUCGAUCGUCAGUGAUUUCACAAAACUUUACCUUGAUUCAACCUAUUAUGUGCCACAUGAAGCAAACAGUUCUAAUUGAAAGGCAAUUGUAUUUUUUUUCAUAUUUUAAACAUAAAGAAGUGUUUGCUACUCACUGAGGAAUGUAUGAAGACUGCACAGUUUGACUAUAUGUAUAUGCUAUUUUUGUUGUAAAUAUCUUUUAUUUGUUAUUUCUUACUGUUUCUAUUUUCAACCAACAUUUUGGAUCUACAAUGUCUAUUGAUGUCUAUUGAACACAUGAAAGUUUUAAUAAUAAAAGCUAACCUUAAACAUUUAAACUGCUCGGAUUUGUUAUGAGCAAAUAAAUAAC